AAUUGCAAAUUGCAAUAUACUUUAGCUUCAAUAUUUAUUGCAACGGAUUUCGAAUAUAUACUCUAAAAACACAAAGGCAUGUUAUAUAGUAGCUACAGAAAUGAUAUUUUUAAAUCUAUGGUCGAUAUUAGAAUGGUAUCUGAGGCCUUUCAUCAAAUGGUUCUUUCGUAAAACGACGCGUUUGUGUGAAUUACAACGAAUUUGUUAUGGAGAUAAAUCUGGAGCUGCAAGAACGUGCAAUAUUGAGAAGUCUUUAAUGCUUUCACGAACACAAAAUGUAAAAGAAGUAAUUUCUUAUUUGGAUUCCACAGUUUUGGAGAAGACUUUCGUUCCAGCCAACUUUCGAGAUAUUUUAGACCCGUCCAUAUCAAUUAUAUUGAGAGUCAAAAAAAUCAACCCGAAGCUUCAUACAUCGUUUGUCACCUCUUUUAGACGGUGUUUAGAGCAAAUUUGGAGUUACAGAAGUCUAUUAGAUGAUGUGGAGGAUCUUCGAACAGUUCAAUUUGAUAGUAAUAAUGAAUUGCAUGAAGAAAAGCUGUUAAAAUUGUGGUCCCUUUUGGUGCCUGAUACACCACUGGAGAGUAGAGUUACUAAACAAUGGCAACAUAUAGGAUUUCAGGGUGAUGAUCCCAAGACUGAUUUUCGAGGAAUGGGAAUGUUAGGACUUGAAAAUCUUCUAUUUUUUGCUACAGAGUAUCAGGAAAUAUCAAGUCAUGUGUUAAGUCAUUCACUUCAUCCAACAUAUGGCUAUACUUUUGCAAUUGUUGGUAUUAAUAUAACUUCAAUGGCUUACUAUCUAUUAAAAGAUGGUUCUGCAAAGACAUACAUGUUUAAUGAAAAGCGAUGUUUACCAAGCAUACAUUUAUUUCACAAGUUUUAUUGUUAUUUAUUUUAUGAAUUUGAUAAGAUGUGGAUUGAAUCUAAACCAGAAAAUAUUAUGGAAUUUUCAAUGAUUUUUAAGAAAUUUGAAAUUGCAGUUCGCAGUGAAUUGGCCGACCCUGCAUCUGUUUUUAGAAUAAAAGUAGAAGUUGACACUAUAUAAUUAUUUAGUCUAGUCUUAUUUAUUAUUUGCAUUUAAAAUUUUAGUAAAAUUUACAUGUGACACUGAGUCCAAGGAAUAUUAAUCCUUAAACUCUGUGGACAAGCUCUUUCUUUUAGUGAUAGUGUGCAAAAACAUGACUCUUUUACAUAAUUAUAUUACAAGACAAAACUAUUUAUUACAAAUGAAUAUUGAGUGGGAAGCUUGCUUUUCUGAAAUAUUUCACAGCAAUUCAUAUUUUCUCUACUUAGGAAAUAUUUUUACUGUUACUACUUCCCAGACUAAUUGAAAUUUAUUUCACUUGUUUUAUUUUUAUUGUACACACACAGUCUAAGCAAUAACUGAAGAUUAUAUUGUAAAUAUUUUUUUUAAGCACAAUUAUAUAGAUUUUCAAUAAUUUACGGCUUAUGAGAAUGCACAAUGGAUUUUGAAAUAUACACUUAAAACAUCGUUUUUUAUUUUAUUUUAGAUCAAUAAACCCAACCUACAAAGAAGCCGUCCAUUGUAAAUUGGUUUAUAUUUCAACAAGUAAAAAAAAAACAAAUUCUCUAUUAAAAAUCUAACUCAAUGGACCUACAUGAGCUAUUUUAGAAAUGCUAAGGAAUUAAAACAAAAUUAUUUAGAUUGAAGCUAAGCAAGUGAAAUCACAAAAUUUUACCUUUGAAUUAUGACCAUGUUUUGUUACUUUGUGUUUUUAUAAAAACACACAUUCUAUAGUAAUAACUCAAUAUAAAUCUUUAUAACCUCCUGUAGUAAAUGUUCUUAGUGAAAAUUAUUUUAAAAAUAGGGAAAAAAAUGAAUAUUGUACAUAUUUUAUUUUCGUAUAAAAUUACAAAAUAUAUAAUUCAUAUUCAAAACCAAAGCACCAGUGACAGAGUCAUUUAAAAAGCUAGGA